CGUUUUAUUUUUGCACUGAACAAACAAGUAGUCACAUACCACUGUUCAUCGCAAUAUUUCCGAAUACAUUACACACAAUAUGAAAAGAGUUGUCGCUAAGAUUCGAGUGAUUUACUCGAAUCGGUUCAACAGAAUCAUUAACACGAUUCUCAUUCGCGAAUCACUAGUGCAGGAAGAUAAGAAGCUGUUUGACCGCCGAUGCAGCUCUUAUGUAAACGAAUAAUAUGAUUAAAUCUCUUUAUAAAGCGUUUGAGGUCAGGUGGAAAUCCUACAGGCACAGAUUUGUCCCCUGGAUGGCGUUAAAUCUGCAGAAAAAUGAGAGAACUCUUCGUCAGGUGAAGAAUCGAUCGCAAGAUAAGUUAGUCGAAGAUGAGGAGGUGUUCGGAUCUCUUGUUUGUUUAUUCACUGAACUCCUGAAAAACGAUCUGAAGAAUCAAAGCGAGCUGCUCCGGUUCCUCCCUCAGGCGAACCGCGACAAGUACACUAACGUUCGGAAUGAAACACGCGAUGCUCCGUCUUCAGUGAUGUUGAACGCUCUGGGCUUCCGGAUCGAGCGGAAGCGCAGCUCUCUGCGUUUGGCGGGAACUGGCGUCUUUGUAACGCGGGGACGCGCGCCGAGAGGAAGUGUUGUGGCGAUGUAUCCAGGAACCAUCUAUCAGGCGGAUGAGCCCAUCUUCUUCCAGUCGAUCAGAAAUCCCUUUGUGUUUCGAUGCAUUGAUGGUGUUUUGAUUGAUGGGAACGACAGAGCGCUCUCGAAGACUGUGUACCGAUCGUGUAGCGGACGGGACAGACUCGGCCCCUUGUGUCUGAGCGACUGCUCCUGGCUGACCUCUGACCCCGUGAACCCUCUCGCCGUGGGACAGUAUGUCAACAACUGCUCUAACGAAAAAGCUGCGAACGUCUGCUAUCAGGAGUAUGACGUGCCUGAAGGGUUUCCUCUCGAGCUCCGUCAGUUCCUGCCCAAUGUAAACUACAGAGCUGACACUCAAAGACCUUUGCGCUGUGUGGUUCUUGUGUCACUGAGAGAGAUUAACUGUGGUGAAGAGCUCUUCUCCAACUACUACACAAUUGUGCAUUGAAUAAUUUU